AUUCGUACUGUAUUUGUAUUUGUUGUGCACUGUGGUGUUGCCAUGUUAUUUUGAACCCAUCUCACAUGCUCAGAAACCAUCAAUUUAAUUACAGCAAAGGAACUGCGUAAGACUGACUAAAAUCUGGCCACUGACUGAUAUACAUUUGUUGUGGGCUCAUGUCAAAAGUGCACAAUCGGGUAAAUGAUAGAGAGAAGAGAAGCAGUAGAUACAGUAACUUGGUAAAAGCUGCAAAAUGUUUGCAUUCUGUAAAUUAAUGGACACAUCUAUUACUAGAAAUAAUUUGUCAAUACUUUGUCAGGAUUAGUUUUCUUAUAUGUAAGCUAUUUCAAAUUCAAAAACGUUUUAAGUCAUAAAUUAUAUAGACUUUUUUAAACAAAAUACAUUGGUUUUGAAGCCUACCAUUGUAAUAUUUUUUUUUCAAAAAUGAAAAUGUGGCUUCUCUUGCUUUGUAAUUUAGUCAGGAAUGAGUGUAAUGCUUUAUUAUUUUGGGUGGCACUGUUGCUGUACAUGGUGUGAUACUGUAGGGUUCCAGAAGUUAUGUUCCUAUAGCUUGUUUGCUGAGUUGGUUUAAAAAAACGUAGUACGUGAGCUUAUGGGUUUAUUAAAUACAUAUCAAACUCUUAUGAGAAGCACUAUUUGUACUUUUAGGUUCCUAUAGUGGUAUAAAUAACAAAGUAUCACUUCUUUGUAAAUCAGCAGCAAUGGAGCACUGAUAGUCUGUGGUUUUUUAAAGAAUGUCAAUAACUACAGUUCUCACCACAUACGUAGCAGAGCUCUGUUUCAUUUCACCUUCCUUGGCUUUUAUGAUGGUACCGUAUCGUCCUCUUUUGCUAGUCUGGAAUAUAUUGUCCUUUUUUUAUGCAAACAGCAGUGAAGAAACAUUGGUUUUUGGAAAAGUUGGAGAGUCAGUAGCCCUUCCCUUUGGGUCAGAGAUCAGGGAGUAUUCUGAUGUGAAGCUGACAAAAGGCAAUAAUUUUGUUUUCAAACAUAAAAAUGAAAAGAGUUCUUUCGGUUCAAGCUACAAAAACCGAACGACAUUCAAUGAAAAUGGGACAAUCGUUCUGGAGAGAACUGUGAUAGGUGAUGCAGGAGAGUAUAAGCUGCAGGCUUACAAAAAUGGGAAACUGGUGUACAAUGCCAGUGUCCAUUUAAUCAUUCAGUGUGUAACAGAAUUACCUUUUGUUUAUGGAGAUUUGGGAUUUUCAGUAACCCUCUUCGAUGGAAAUGUGGAUUUUCAAAAUAUUUCUAAUGCAAAGUGGAAAAAAGGAGACACUCUGGUGGCUCAAUUUGUGCAUUACCACCCUCAGUAUAAUGGAGAGUUCCAACAUGGAACAGAAGUCUUCCAAAAUGGGACCCUGAAAAUGCAGCACGCUGAGGAAAACGAUGCUGGAAAUUACACUCUGGAAGUUUCUAAUGGAGAUAUCCUUCAUAAAUGGACAACACAGUUAUUCGUAAUUGUACACAGGCCUGUAAUAGAGCACACGUGUAUACCUGGUGGUGAAGCUGAGUUCAGAUGCUCUGUAAAAAGCAAUGCAGACCCUUUUAUUGAAUGGACUCUGAAUGGAAGCCCACUUGAAAAUAGAAGCGGAAACCAGACUGUAGUUUUAGGUCAUUUUCAUGGGCAAUUAGUCUGUGCUGUAAAACACUACAGUAGCAUAAGUCAGAGUGAUUCUGUCUCAUUUCCUUGUGUAGAUCAGAAAUGGGGAUUGUUACUCUUUGUUCCCAUUGGCAUUUCGCUGCUGAUAAUAUUCAGUUUAGCUGGAUACUGCCUGGCAAAAAAAUGUCCAUGUCGUCAACAAGAUUUAUUCUUUCCGAACAAUGCACAGACAAGGUUAUAUGAAGAACAAAAAAUGGAAGAUUGCAUUCAGCAUUGCCAGGAAGGCAAAAUAGAAGAUUGCACACAGAAUUGUCAAGAAGGUGAAAUGGAAGAUUGCACACAGAAUUGUCAAGAAGGUGAAAUGGAAGAUUGCACACAGAAUUGCCAGGAAAGUGAAAUGGAAGAUUGCACACAGAAUUGCCAAGAAGGCGAAAUGGAAGAUUUUCCAAGCCCACCACCAGAGGCUGAAUGUGAAGUAUUCAGUACCACUCAAUUCCUCUCCACGUUUACAAAGUAAAGUUUAAUACAACUUGCAUAUUCAAUAUUGUUAAAUGCAAAUAUAAUUAAAGCUUGUCUUCAUUCUCCCUCAUUUGAUUGCAAAUAAAGAGAUCUUGAUGGAAUAAAUAAUGGAAAGGAAUGA